AUGAGCGACAAUUGGCGGCUGGACGUCAAGUUCCAAGGCCGCUCGAUUGACCUGAUCGGACGCCUUCCGGCGGAGAAACGCGCGCUCUUGCGGGACUUCCCACGUCGGCUCGUGGUCAGUACAAAGGCAAAGCUUUCUGCUAUCCCGCACAAGGGCUUUUUCUGCAAAUUCUUUGCCAAAAACUGUGAAGAGAUUAAAGUUUACAUGAAGAAACACGAGUGCGCUCUGUGCGUGCACUUCGUGGCUUCGACGUUCAAUUUUACGCUCUAUCUGCUGGUGCCCGCGGCGCUGAAAGGGCUGAAGUGUCUGCAUCGACUACGGAAGAGCGGAGCAAGCCCAGAUUCUAUUCAGUCGCUGUGCACGGAUCGAGACGGUGUGGUGAUUGGGUUUAUUGUAUCGGAAGUGAAUGUGGAGAUGGAGGAGAAGCUGCAGGAAAAACUGAAAGUGAUGGAAGAACUGGAGUCAUCGGCCAAGGCGAUUUCGCACACGUUUGGUGACCCGAUGCUAGAAUUUGACUUGCUGAUUGACCAGUUGGACACGAAGCCGUCGGCUAUUCAGGCUUGCUCGAAGUUUAUUGUUCGCCAUCAGCAUUUACACGCCGCUAUAUGCCAGAAGCUAGCCUGGACGAUGAAUGUCAUGCACUCUUCCAAAGCCAGGGCUAGCAUUGUGUAUGUUGUCCACGAUGUGAUCAAGACGGUGCGUGCAAAUUGUCCACAAAAGGACCGCAAUGCUAAAAUGCGCGAGUCUGCACUGGUGCUGUCGCUCGAGAAGAUCCUGUAUCAGCUGACACAAACGAUGAAAGGCGAUGUAAAGCACAACCUGAAUGUUCGAACGGUGUUUGAGUUUUGGGCUAAGUGGGGGUUGCGGUACUCGGCGCCAGUAGCAGGUAAAGCGGAUGCACUGAAGCACGACUCCAUGCUCAAGAUUGACGAGACAUUCGAGAUGCUGGAGCGAGAGGUUUCGCUCGCGUUUGAUGCUUCGUCAUCGCCCGUUAAACCAUCAGCGCCCCCCAAGGUUGUUGCAUUCAUGAAGAAGCACAAUAUCCAGCCGGGUCCGUGGGAAAUCUACCUAGAGCGGGCGUCGCCUCAAGAAAUGGAAGAGCUGGACGCUGUUCUCGACUUGAAUACCAAGUAUUUUGACUUCAAUCACUGGGAUCCGGCUGAAAAGGGAGGCAGACGCGGUGGCGAGAUGUUUUUACAUCAUUAUGCCAAGUCAAUAAUGCCGUGGCUACUUCACGAACCGUCAUCCUCUAAUGUUGCAAACGUUGGGAAGAGAAAACAUGCGAAAGGCUCUCUGAUCUUGCUGCGUGACGCGUUCUUGUGCACAUGGGACCUCGACCCGACUGCAGCGCGUGCUGUUUCUGAUAUUGAGCACUCAUUGUUGGACGAUAUGUGGAAAAAGAUGGAGUAUGUGAAGUGUCAGAACCCUUCAGCGUUUGUAUUUGGAAAGGUGAGACGGGUGAAGACAAUUCAGUUUGCCAAUAGUCCUGCGACAGAUGCAAUUCUGAAGACAGUCGAAGAUGAGUCGAAAGUGCAGUCGAGUGCACUCGUUGCAGAGCUGACCAAGGUAUUCAAGCUGGAUACGAUGGCGCGUGAAAUGGUCGCUAAAGUCAAGACAAAGUCCGAUUUGUGCUACAUUGCAAAAGAGCUAUGCCAUCGUUGUCGUCACCACAUGGUGGCGAACCCGUCAGUACAUAUGGUGAAGCUUUGCCAAAAGGUUCUUGCCACCAAGAAUCCGAUGAAGGCUUACUCAUUAGCUAUGAAAAGCAUGAUUUCUCGGCAGAUGAAGAUGUUUCCGACGCUCGAUAAGGAGGCAAAGAAAAAGCGGAAGUUGGAGAGCAUCAGUGCGUCUUUUUCUCCUGUAACUGAAAGCGAAGCUUCCAGUCCACCUCAGUCCGACCUGACCGACGCCGAGCUGGCCGCUGUGAAGCGAAGCAUCCCGAAGCCUCCCAAGCUGCUAUUCAAGAAGGUUGAUCUGAAAACAAUCACGCAUCAGGAGACGAAUGAUAAUGGCACCGUGGGUGUCGCGACUUCCGGUAUUCCCAAUGCCGGAAAAGGACUAUUUAACCUCUCGGCCCACACAUGGCCGGCGUUUUCGGUUGUCUGCAUCUUCGGUGUUCGACGAAUUACGAAAGAAAUGCACCAUGAUGGCCUGAACAAGGUAGCACGAUGCGGAGAGCUAGGGGAGACGUUUGUCGUUGUCAAUGGCACCGUGCGCGACGUGGACAAGUUUCAGACACAGUACGGUCACCGCUUGAUGCCUUUUGACGGUUUGGUGGAUGCGGAUGGAUCGGUUGGCGGUUUCCCGAAUGAUCGUGUGUACGAGUAUCCCGCGGACGUUUAUUGGGAUGCGUCUGGAUUUUACAACAACUGCAUUCUCGUGCCCGGUUGCGUAAUCGAGAACCCACAGAACACGACGAGUCCGAUUGUGUUGAACCAGUUGUAUAUCGUCACGUGGAAGGAGGUGUCUGUACGCGAGGAAUUCUUUCUGGCGUACGGAACGUCGUAUUACGAAGACGACGAGAAGACGAGCACCAUCAGUGAUAGAAGUAGCGCUUAG